GGGCCCAAACGUUUACGGGCCUCUUGCGAAGGACGAAGCCCAAAUAUAGAAACGACGCACGUGAACCACAGGGGCCGACGGAUAGGUCGAAAAUGGGAAAUUUUGUGGUCUAAAGUAACGGCUUUUCCGACGCAGACACGAGAUCUGGCUCUUAGCAAGCAGAUAAAACGCGUCGCAAAGCGGGAAACUUCGAAACGAAAAAGGGAAGAAGAAAUAGCCACACGACUUCCGCAGUCGCAGCCCCCAUCCACUCCCAAAACAGGGUAUUCACAGAUUAGCACGCAGACAACUAUGGCCGCCAUGGAUGAUGUUAGGGCAACCUCGGCUUGGGUUGCUAGCCGCUCCUCUCACGUCCUUGUCGACUCUUCAGGGAUUGAGAAGGUGGUGGAUACUAUCGAGUCGAUUCCCAAAGUUGAAUGGGAUUUUGAAGGGAUUCACUAUUUUGAUAAUGGCCCAUUAACUGUCCAGUACUUGUUCGUGUUGGACGCUCUGAAUUUCUGUUUCUGGCCUGAUAAGGACUUGAGCUAUGAUCACUUGGCCUCGGGACUGAAGGCUGCUCUUCAAAAUGACAAGUCAGCGUUUGAUGCCGAUCGCCUGCAAAAGUACACUGGUCCUCAAUUACGUGAGCUGUUGAAAUGGCCUAGACCACUUCCUUUAGAGGACGAACGGGUUCGCUUGCUGCACGAGGUUGGAUUCGAAUUGGAGAGAAGCUUUGAGGGUAAAGCUUGUAAUAUAGUGGAGUCCUGUGGAAAGUCAACUGUAAAGCUUGUUGCUGUCAUCACGCAACACUUUCCCGGCUUUAGAGACCACUCUCUCUACAAAGGCCACCAGGUAUUCCUGUACAAACGAGCUCAAAUAUUUGCAGCUGACUUGUGGGGUGCAUUCAGUGGCAAAGGAUAUGGAGAAUUCAGUGACAUAGGUUCAAUCACCAUUAUGGCAGACUACAUUGUUCCUGCCGUACUUCGACAGCUCGGGGUGCUAAAGUAUAGCUCUACUCUUGCUAGCAUCAUCGAUGCUAACAGCRAAAUUGGUCCGGGCAGUGAGGAGGAAGUCGAACUACGGGCCUGCUCUAUACAUGCAGUUGAGAAAAUGAGAGAGUUGAUCAGCCUGAAAUCAGGAAAACAGGUUCUAAGCGUGGAGUUAGACCUCUGGCUUUGGUCUUUUGGAAUCCAGUGUCCAUCUCUGCCACACCAUCGUACUCUCUCAAUAUACUACUGAUUCCAACACUUUUUCCAAUAGCCUUGUGUUAUGCAGUUGCUAGGACUGGCAAAUUUUGGCCGAAGAAGCUCGAUGUAAUUUGUAGGGAUUUAGGAUACAUGGCACCACUUUUAGGAACUCUACAGUCUAGUAGCGAUUAUCAGAGUUUGAGUAUGUAUAUCUUUUACCUUUAUAGUAUUACAGACAGCCAAACCAUAAUUAAUUUGUUGUAACAUUGAUGGUUUUGAAUUCAGACCUUAAUUUCAAACAGAAUGUAUCUUUAAGGCAGAAGCAGAGGAACAAAAAAGAAGAAAUUGAAGGGAUCCACAUCCACCUUGUUUAA